AUGGAACUGCCCCUACGCGAUGGAGACCAUGCGGAGCUAUGCCGAGGACAUCGACGGCGGCCGGUCGCCGUCGGUCUCGAUGCUGUCGGAGGUGGCCGCUGCCAGGAAGAUCACGAUCGUCGGCGGAUCCGUACCCGAGAUGGCGUCGGGGCAGCUGUUCAACACCUGCUGCGUGGUCGGGCCCGACGGGGAGAUCAAGGCCAAGCACAGGAAGCUGCAUCUGUUUGGAAUUGACAUCCCGGGAGACAUCACUUUCAGGGAAUCCGAUACCUUCACUGCUGGGCAAGAACCCACCGUGGUUGACACAGAUGUUGGACGGAUUGGUAUUGGGAUUUGUCAUGAUAUCCGGUUCCCAGAACUGGCAAUGCUGUAUCGAUCAAGAGGUGCACACUUGAUAUGCUACCCGUCUGCGUUCAACAUGAGCACCGGGCAGCUCCUCUGGGACCUUAUGCAGAAGUCCAGGGUUAUUGACAAUCAGCUGUUCGUGGUGACCUGCUCACCUGCGCGAGACCCCAACUCAAAGUCAGACUUCGUGGUCUGGGGUAACUCAAGCCUCAUCGGACCAUUUGGCGAGGUUCUUGCGGCGGCAGGGCACGAGGACGCGACCGUCAUCGGCGAGGUCGACCUGUGUUCGAUUGAUGCUGUCCGGCGUCAGAGGAAAAAUCUGUGCAGGGCGAACCUCCCUUUGGAAACACAGGGUAGAGGGGAUCUGUACAGGUUGGUCGAUAUCGAGAGGGAAUGUUCGAGCUAGCUGCGUUGCUCUAGGAGAUGGAAAUGCAGUGCAGAGAACUGAAGAAGGCCACGUCUGCAUGUGUUGGUCACAUGCUGGGGACGGGGUUUGCAAAAUUGUGUAGUGGCAUGCAAAUAUUCGGGAUGCCAUAUACGAUAUGUACCGACACUGUAUUUGUUUAUCAGGAUUCAAAACGGUAUGGCACGAACACAUGACAAUUCCGAACGUUUAUGACGAUAAGUUUAGUGAUACGAGGAUGGCAAGUUUCUUUUUUUUUCGAAUGCCAAUUUUAGUUGUAAGAAUG